AAACAACAAAAUUAUUUAACUUUAAGCUCACUAAAAUAAAAAUCAGAUCUAGACUAGACCUAGUCUAGAUCUAGAUUUAGCACACCUCAUUUGAAAUACUCUUUAUUAAGUAAAAGAUAAGAUAAGAAGUUUAUAUUAUUCUCUCAUAUUUACAGUUAUGGUGUAGAUCUAUUUCGACUCCUACAUCUAGACACUCACAGUCAGUACGUCUAUUGUUAAGUACAUCUCUCGUAAAGUGCGUCGGUUGUAAAAUGUACAAAUCUUUUAUAGUACGACUCUUGUAAAGUAAUCUGUUGUAAAGUACAUCUCUUAUUGAUAAGCCAUGCAUGAAUUCCUAAGCUGGUUUCUGGUCCUGGCAAUUAUCUUGGCUCUUGCCUAUCUAUCCUACUGGGGUUAUACAAAGAAUAUCUCCAGUGACGACUUGGACAGCUUCCUGAUAGCUAACAGAUCUCUUGGUGUAUUCAUAGGUGCUUGUACAUUGACAGUCACAUGGGUUGGGGGAACUCUUCACGGAGCAGCCGAAAGCGUACAAAUACAAGACGAGAUGGGCUGGCUCCUGGCACCCGUUGGAAACAGUUUGAGUCUACUUGUAGGUGGCGCAAUACUCGCUUCCAAAAUGCGGAACUCUGGGUACAGAUGCAUCUUGGACCCGUUUCUCUGGAAGUAUGGGGUGAUAAUGCACUGUCUUCUGUAUAUUCCAGUUCUCGUUUCCGAGAUAUGCUGGCUAACCAUACUACUUAGCAGCUUAGGUUACGCUGUAAAGAUACUGUUGUGUAUUAGUAAAGAAUGGGCUUUUCUCCUGGCCGCUCUAUUCACCUCUACCACAACGCUGAUGGGAGGGAUGUAUUUUGUAGCCUAUGGAGGUGCACUACUGUUUGCUCUUAUCUUUGGAGGCCUAUGGUUCUCAAUUCCAUUCGUUCUCACCGACCCUCACGUGGAGUCCAUCUUCAGAAAUACCUCAUGGAUAGGAGAUAUCAAAGCCAGAGAGGUCCCCACUUACAUUGAUCUGUUGUGUCUUUUUAUUUUUGGCGGAAUUCCUUGGCAGGAAUACUGGCAGUGUACACUAUCGACCAGGUCUGGAGCCAUCGCCAAACUCGCUAGCUACUUUGGUGCUCUAGGGUGCUUGACGCUGUCCAUACCAUCCGUUAUGUUGGGAGCAGCGGCCUUCAAUGCUGACUGGAACCACUCCGAUUACACUUCUGCUACAUUGAAACAGGAAGAUCAACAUAAUGCCCUCCCUUUAGUGAUCUAUUAUUUCAGCCCGGACAUGGUCUCAAGCAUAGGCGUCGCCGCCAUCGCCGCGGGCGCUACCUCUUCCAUGAACACGACUCUGUUGUCCUGUGGAGGAAUGUUUGCCAGGAAUAUCAUCGGCCUGGGCUACUACAAGAACUACAAUAAAAAGUUGUCUCAAAUGUGGCUCAUCUUAAUAAUGAGAGCCUCAAUUCUGGGAUUCAGCGCUCUAGCGUGCGGUUUGGUCUUCCAACUAGAUUCCAUUUACGGCCUUUGGUUGUUCAACUGUGACAUCAUCUACACUGUCCUAUUCCCACAAUUGUUGUGUGCCAUGUUCAUCCGAGACACCAACGCCUAUGGCUCCAUAGUGGCCUUCACCAUGAGCACCAUAAUACGAUUUCUCCUGGGUGAGCCUUUACUUAACAUCGAAGCAGUCAUAAGUACAUCAUGGUCUGAAGAUUCUCAAACGUUUCAACUUCCGUACAGAACCUCCUGUAUGUUCCUCUCCUUGAUAACCCUUGUUGGUGUGUCCUAUUUAACUGACUUCCUCUUUCGAAAACGGUACAUCUCUUUAAGAUAUGAUGUUUAUGGCUGUUGUAUGGCCGAAGGAAAAGAGAGUAUUGCUGUUACACUUUUUGGCUCGAAGGUACCGGAGCUGUCUAUAGAGACAAAGACGGCCAGCUUUGGAGAACGAGAAUCUACAGUGGACCAUAUGCACGACGACUACGCGGAGAAGCAAGAGAAUUUAUCAGAGACAUCCAGCAUUAUAACGGGCUUCGAAAAAUUCCAUUCCACGCCCGUAUGACCGAGACCAAGCGUCACAGCAGGCCUGAACACUGACGUGUGGCGUUGCAGCCUGUGGAGACCAAUAGCCCGUUGCUACGUCACGGGUCAGUGUUCAGGCCUGCUGUGGCGAUUGGUCUCGAAAUGACACGACCUACGACAGUUCUUUGCGCUAUUUUUAUCAGUGAUAGGAAUCAUCCCCACCACGACACGAUUGUAAUAGUUCUCUUUGUACUAGGACUAAUAACGCUUUAUUUAUUUUCUAUAUGAAAUUAGUAAAAGAGAUAUUCUAUAU